CCAAGAUGGUUGUGGAUGGAGAAGUAUAAUAUUCUUUUUUCUUGUUAAGCAAGCAUAUUUUACGAACGGUAUCUAUAAAUUUACACUGUUAAGUACUAAACUGCAGUAGGAAAAGCCCUGUUUUCUGUCUAAGACGAAAAACAAAACAACAGCGGCAGAAUGAGCAAUAUUUACAUUCAAGAGCCACCAACAAAUGGAAAGGUGCUGUUGAAAACAUCAGCAGGUGAAAUUGACAUUGAGUUGUGGUCCAAAGAAGCUCCAAAAGCAUGCAGGAACUUUGUGCAGCUGUGCAUGGAAGGUUACUAUGAUGGCACAGUGUUUCAUCGAGUGGUGCGAGAGUUUAUCGUUCAGGGAGGAGAUCCCACAGGAACAGGAGAAGGAGGAGAGUCCAUCUAUGGCCGACCAUUUAAGGAUGAGUUUCACUCCAGAUUGCGCUUUAACCGACGAGGUUUGGUUGCCAUGGCAAAUGCUGGACCACAUGAUAAUGGCAGCCAGUUUUUCUUUACUUUGGGACGAGCAGAUGAGCUUAACAACAAACACACCAUAUUUGGAAAGGUGACUGGAGACACAGUUUAUAACAUGCUGAGAUUGGCAGAAGUUGAUUGUGACAGUGAUGAAAGACCCCUAAAUCCCCACAAAAUCAGAGCUGCAGAGGUGCUGCAUUCUCCUUUUGACGACAUCAUUCCUCGUGAACUAAAGAAAGCCAAAAAAGACAAAGAUAAAGAGGAGGGGAAGAAGUCACAGUCAAAAGCUACAAAGAACUUCAGUCUGUUAUCAUUCGGAGAGGAAGCUGAAGAAGAAGAGGAGGUGGCAACUCAAGUCAGCCAGACAUUCAAGGGAAAAAGCAAAAGCAGCCAUGACCUCCUGAAAGAUGAUCCCAGGCUGAGUUCUGUUCCAGCUGUGGAAAAAAAAAAGAAGAAGAAGGGAGCAGCAUCAGGAGAAACACAUGGGUCUGAUGAUGAUGCUGAUGAUGAUGAGGAUGGAAGUGAUACAGAUGAAGAUUCAGAGGAGAAAGAGAGGAUGAAGGAGCUCAUCAGAAACAAGCUGCAGAAAGAAAAAGGUGGAGAGAAAACAACAGAGCCUGGUGAGGACGAGAGAGGGAAGAAACCCAAUCGCAGUGAUGAAUUGCGGAAAGAAGCACGGCAGUUGAAGAAGGAACUCCAGGCCAUAAAACAAAGAAAAGAAGAAAGUUUGAAACCUGCAGAAGAUAAAGUCAAAGAGGAGAAAAAGCCGACCAGUGAGGCCGUUGCUGAGUAUCUGGAGGGUCGGAAGAAGUACGAAGAGCUCAGGAAGCAGAAGAAGUCGAAGGGUUCAAGCAGAGAAGAACAGACUCUAGCCCUCCUCAACAGUUUCAAAUCCAAGCUGUCAUCAGCCAUCACUGAAGCUCCAGAGGAAGAAGAGGUAGAGGAGCUGGCCGAGGAUGACGAUAAAGGAUGGAUGGCCCAUGUUCUGCAGUUUGAUGAGCAAACCAGAAAAGUCAAGGAUGCCAACAUGCAGGACGAGGACACCUUCGAGAUCUACGACCCACGCAACCCCGUCAAUAAACGGAGGAGAGAGGAGAGCAAGAAGAUCAUGAAGGAGAAGAAGGCCAAGAGGUGAGGUCACAGUGUCAAAGGUGGGUCCUGACAAAGCCAUGUGACUCUAAAGAAGCUGGUCCUGCAGCACCCUGCCUGUCCACUUUUCCACCACUUCAAACCAGACAGACUCCAGGCGGGAACAUCUGAACGGUGAUGCUGACCAUACGCUCUCUGUAGUCUGUGAUGGAAAUGCUCCUUCUCUUUAAACAGCUGUACUCAGACGAGGCUCAGUGUCUUAUCAGGACCGUUAAACUGUGCUCAUAGUCAUGAUUAAGGUCACAUUUGAUGGCAUGUGAUGUUAACUUUUCUAUCUUAUUCUUCCUCUGUGAAUGUACAAACAUGAACAUUGCCAGAAAAAUAAAUAUUUGUUGGCAUUAGUUUGUAAUGAUUGUGUUUGGUCUGUC